AUGUCGCACCCCAAGAAACCCAUCUUCGUCCUCAUCCCAGGCGCGUCGCAGAACCCGUCCCACUACGCCCACCUCCUCCACCUCCUCCAAUCCGCCGGCCACGGCACCUUCACGGGUCUUCUGCCCAGCAUCAGCGCCACCGACCCCAUCACCGCCGCCGACGACACCCACUACAUCCGCCACCGCCUGCUCCUGCCCCUACUGGAUGUAGCCCGGCAGGACGUAAUCCUGAUCAGCCACUCCUACAGCGGAAUGCCCGCCAGCGCCGCCGCAGUGGGGCUUGCUCGCGCCGACCGCGCCGCGGAGGGCAAGUCCACGGCGGUGCUGGGCCAGAUCUUCAUCGCCAGCAUCCUUCCCCGCGGCGGGGAUGGGUCGAGCGUGAUUGAUGGGUUUGGGGGCCAGUUGCCGCCUCAUAUCCAGUUUGAUGAGAAAGAGAACCUCCUCAAAUGCGCCGACCCUAUCCCCCCGCUCUUCUACGACGUCGAGCCCGUCCUCGCUGCCGCGGCGGCCCAGUCCGCUCUCAGUCAGGGGUAUACCUCGUUUGCGAGUCCGUGUCCGCAGGCGAGCUGGGCGACGGAGGCGUUUCGUGGACGCGUGGCAUACAUCCAUACCCUGCAGGACCGCGCGGUGCCGUAUGAGGCGCAGCGGGCGAUGGUGGAGGCGACGGGGGUGGAGUGGGUGACGCGAGAGCUGGACACGGGGCAUAGUCCGCAGAUGUCGGCGGCGGAGGAGUUAGUGGGGGUGAUUUUGGAGGUGGCCGGGUUGUGGGUGUAG